UCCUAACAUACUCAUGGCGGGAAAUAUUGCAUCACAGGCCGGUGCCGGCCGGUUUGGUUUGACCUGUAGGUCGUACCUUCAAGUGCUAGGAGAUCGGUGUCAGCGAAAGUUGUUUUGGCCAGGUUUGUCCUUCGCAGAUUGUGCUAGUAUGAGGGACUCUGUCACAGGAUCAUGAAUCAUAUCCCGAUUCAGUUGAAGGACAAAGGCGCAACAGAAUGUCAACAGACGUCUUUAGGUACGCCCCUCUCCAGAUUUGCUGACUAGACGAAAGGUGUCAGGUGAAGACGCUGGUCUCAGCACAUUGGAGCUCAGGCCUAGUCAGGGUGUGAGGCAUGAGGGCGGCUGAGGGAUGUUUUGACUUUUGCCAGCUGCGAUCCACAUUGUGAUGGUAAGUGGUAUUGUGUUGACAUAGGCCACAGCUAACAGGCAGGCACACCCCCUCUUCACUGGUAACAGACACUUGUGCCAAAAAGCAAGAUGACCCCAUCCCUGCUGUACCAAGAUGGCUGCCAGCCGUGCACGGUGCUCCAAACCCUGCAGGAGUUCAGGAAGUCCAGGGAACUGUGUGAUGUCAUCAUCCAAGUGGGUUCCUCUGAGAUUCCUGCCCACAGGGCUGUGCUGGCAGCAAGCAGCCCUUACUUCAAGGCCAUGUUCACAAGUCAGUUGUGUGAGAGCACCCAGCAUCAUGUGACCAUGAGGGAGGUGGAUGGUGCUGCCCUGGACCAACUCAUCACCUUCAUCUACACAGCCACCAUGACUGUUGAUGAAAACAACGUGCAAGCCUUGCUGUCCUGUGCAACACUUCUCCAGAUGACGGGGGUUUGUGCUGCAUGUUGCCAGUUCCUUGAGAAGCAGUUGGCGCCCUGUAACUGCCUGGGGAUCCGACAGUUCGCUGACCUCCACAACUGUAACCAACUCAGGAACGAGGCCAACAAGUACCUCCAUCAGCACUUCUCAGAAGUCAUCCAAGAAGAGGAAUUCCUCCUUAUGGAGUACCAGGACUUACACGAUCUUGUAACAAGUGAUUUCCUUGGAGGUGGAGAUGAAGAAACAGUCUUCCAAGCCGUUACGUCUUGGUUAAGCUACGACAUGGAAAACAGGUUAUACGCGGCAAAGUCACUGUUUUGUAGUGUUCGUUUCCCUCUCUUGUCCACUAAUUUCCUGAUCCAACAAGUCAAGGAGAACCCAGUGGUGACCAAUAGUAUAGAGUGUUACAAAGAAGUAGCCGAGCAAUUGGAGACAAAACUGCAGGUGAAAUAUUCCAGCCAUGCUGAUGACAUCUUCCCCAGGAGACGUUGGAGCGUCACAGAGGUAGUAGUAGCUGCAGGUGGAGAGUCUGAUGGUGUAACAUUGAGCAGUCUGGAGUUCUACGACCCCCAGCAGGACAACUGGACCUACAGCCUGCCCCAGGCCAGGCGUGAGGGUCAGCAGUGUAAGGGGCUCAGCACCCCUCGCACAGGCCUGGGGCUGGUGGCACAGGACAAGUGCAUCUACAUCUUGGGCGGCAGUAACUGUUCCCAUCCCCUGCGGACAGUGGAAGUGUAUGACUACCUCCAGAACGAGUGGGACAGUUUCCCCGACAUGACGACACCGCGGCAUGGUAUGGGCGCUGCCUUUCUGGGGGGCAGGCUGUUUGCAGUGGGUGGCAGGGACCAAACAAGCUACCUGAACACAGUAGAGAUGUUCUGUCCCCAGAACCAGAUGUGGAGCGCCGUCUCCUCCAUGAGGAGUUGUAGGUGUUUCCUGGGCGUGGCUGAGUUAGGGGGCAUGCUGUAUGCUGUAGGAGGCUCAGGAAGUGAAACAUCAGGGAGACUGAACCAGUACCUCAACACAACUGAGCGGUAUGAUCCCAACCUUAACACAUGGACCAGCAUCUGUCCAAUGAACGAAUGCCGCUCCUACGUCUCCAUUGCUGCCCUGGAUGGCUGCAUAUACACCAUUAGCGGGUACAACGGGCUGUGGCACAACACGGUAGAGAGGUACGAUCCGCGAAUCAACCGCUGGAUGUACGUUAGUCCCGUCCUGACCAAGCGGAGUAGUCAUGGGGUCACCAUACUCAAUGGCUGCAUCUACGCCAUCGGGGGGUUCAACGGUGUGCGGAACGUUAACGACGUUGAGAUGUACGAACCCCGUGUGGACAGGUGGAGGAGGGUGUCGCCCAUGCGUACUAGGAGAUAUGGGGCGGGGACCACCACCGUCUGUAUUAUGUAGAUAGAUCAUUGUAAGAUGCGUAAACUGGUGCAGUCUAUGCAUGCAAUUGUAACUUUUUUAACAACAAAAUUGGAUUCUAAUUUCCUUUUUUGUGUAAUACAGGGAACAUUUCGCAUUUAACAAAAAUGAAUCAGAUGGAGACAGUUAUAUUGUGAAUCUUACAAUUUUGUAGGAUACAAAGGCAAAAAAAAGGGUUUAGAAAAUGUCAUGUACAGCCAGUAUGUUUGUGAAGAUAAGUCAUCCAGGAAUCGUAUACUAGUAUACCGUUUUGUUAAUUCAGUCAAUACAACUGUAUUACAGCAUCAGGAGUAUUAGACAUUUCAGAUGUCCAUCCGACAUCUUUCAUUAGUGAAUGAAAAUGAAACAAAAAAUGAAAUCAUGCAGGUAAGUCUAACAUCUCGAAAAAUGAAAAAAAAGUUAUUGACUGAUGAAAGUUGUUGGAUGACCAUUUGAUACUCUCAAUAUUGCAAUCCAGUUGUAUACACUGAAGUAAAAAACAGCCAAUGCUGCCAGUGUAUCAGAUCCGGUGAAUUUGCCAGGUGCUAUUAGUUAUAGUUGGUCUUCCAUGUGACAACAAUUGU